AUGCCAAAAACAAAUGCUGAAAAGUGUCAUGAGUAUCGGCAGAAAAAAAAGAACAGAACGUUGGAUGUAUUAAAUGUGCAAGUUGAUGUCUUAGUUGGAAAUAAUAUUGAAAAUAAUUAUUUUUUCAAGAUGCCUAAAUCUAAUGCUGAAAUUUGUAGAGAAUAUCGAAAACGGAAGAAAGAUAAAAAAAAAAAGAAAAUAAAACCAGAAAUAUCAGUAAAAAAACAAAACAACGCAAAAAAUUGUCAGAUGUAUAGAUUGCGAAAAAAAAUGCUUGCUCAAGGAAAUCAAUCAUCUACGAAUCAAGUUUUAUACACUCCAUCCAGUCCGAAUUCACCAAUGAUUUUUGGAUCAUCACCUCUGCUUGUUACUACUGGAGCUGUUAAGAUACCUAGAUUAAAACGAACUGCUAUUCCAAGUAAAAAAUUGCCUGAGACAAAGCAUGAUAUUAAAGUGUCUAUUGUCGAAGAUUCAUGUCCUAGUCAGCAUUCUGAGCAAACACUGGAGAAUGAUUUAACAGAUAUUGUUAAUACUAUACCUAGAUUAAAAGAAAAUGCUAUUCGAAAUACAAAAUAUCUUGAGAAAAAACAAGACAAUGAAGUGCAUUUUGUAGAAGAUUCACGGCUAAAUCAGCAUCCUGACCAUUCACAUGAGAAUGAUUUAUCAAAUAAGGCAAAGACUGUUCCUAGAUUAAAACAAAAUAGUCCUUUAAGUAAAAAGCAGCCUGAGAAAAAGCAUGAAGUGAUGAUUGUGCAAAAUUCAAGUCAGACUCCUUCUGGACAUGCACGGUUAAAUGAUUUAUCAAAUGUUGCAAGAAAACUUGCUCUUGGGGUCGGACUCUUAUCGAGUUUUAAGUGGUUAAAUGAGCCGAGUGAAUGGUGCUUUGAAAAUAAUAUUCUCACACUCAAAACAGAGAAUGAAACAGAUUUUUGGCAAGGAACAUGGUAUAAUUCUUUUGUCAACACAGGGCAUGUGUAUGGUGUUGAAUUACAAGAUGAUUUUACAUUAGAGGUUUGUGUAGAAGCAAAAUUUGAAUCUCUCAACGAUCAGGCCGGUUUAAUGCUGUAUGUAGACGAGAAGCAUUGGUUGAAAGCGGGCAUCGAAUACAAUAAAGACCAGCCGAUGAUAGGAAGUAUUCUCACUAAUGAAGUAUCUGACUGGGCUACUGGGGUAUUUCAAGGCGACCCAAGUAAAUUUUGGCUUCGAUUGACGAAAUUGGGUAAUGUCGUGUGCGUCAAAUACUCGACAGACAAUAUUUGUUGGAAUUCAUUGAGAUUAUCCACAUUUCCUAUAUGCGACAAGUAUUUUGUGGGCCCCAUGAGUUGUACGCCGCAGAGGGGUGGGUUGAUAGUCAGAUUUAGUCAUCUAACAUUCACUGUUGUG